UUUCAGGUAAUAUUUGGAAAUCUGGUAAGGAUGUCAUUACGAAAGGAAGAUGUUUACGAGACAGAAGAUUUGCCGGAGGAGGAUCAACAAAUGAUUGAAGAUGAGAUUGCUGAAUCGGAAGAAGUGGAGCGUGUACAUAUCGACGUUGACAAUGCUUUGAAACGAUUCAGAGGUCGUUUAUUGAGCACAGAAAAUGUCGAUUUCUCGGAUUCUAUUGCGCGUAGAAGGCGCCGUGGGUAUGGUGGUGGUUCAUAUGUCCUCGAAGUGGUUGGGCCUUACGCAGAUGAAACGGAAACAUUGGAGCAGAAGUUUACUCGCUUAAAUUGUGAGAUAAAUGAUCUAGCGGAAACGCUACAUGCACAGAAAGUAUCUGAGAAACCGGAUGCAUGUGUUAUCCAUGAAGAAGAUUUGAUUGCAAUGCUGGAAACAUUGAAGGCCUUGCAAAUCAAUAGAGAUAGCAUUACAACCUCUGUUCAAAGUGAAAAGAAAGAUAACAAAACGGAAGGUGCAACCCUUCCUGCUCAAAAUGGUGUCGUGAGCGGGCGUCUAGCAGUUUUGGAGAAUCGAAUUAAUCGUCUGGAGCAAAUGAUUGAUGGUGUUGGUGCUGGUUAUGAUGAAUCCAUGAAAGUUUGCAAAAUUCCAGUUGCUGAAGCCCUUGAAGAUUUACGGAUGCGUGUGCAGCUAUUACAUCCAGCUCAUGUUGACGGUCUUCAUUCACGUAUUACGCAGCUUCUUUCUAAGUUACAACAGGUGGAAGAAAAAAAGAAGGAGAAAGGUGAUUCGGAAUUCGAGGACAAAGUUGAUAAGCUAUAUGAGAUGAUGAAUCGAUGGGAUGUAACUUGCACUGGCUUAUCUUCUGCAGUUAAAAGAAUGUAUGAUUUAAGAAAACUUCAUGAACAAGCAGAGCAGUUCAGCAAAAAAUUGAGUCAAUUGACGGGUAUCCGUUCACAGUUAGCCAAAACGAUGGAAAGGGAAGAAAUGAUGUUAUUUGAUUUCCGCCAACAAACGCACUCCGCUUUAGAGAAACUUGGCGCUGAUAUUGCUAGGCUGGAAGAACGAAUCAAUAAACUGAAUCUCUAAAGGUCUUCGCUCAGUUAUUAUCUCUAUGAAUUUUCUACAACUAUAAAGCUUUAUGCUACCAGUGAAUUAAAUAGAGAGUUGUCG